AUGUGCCACAGCGUGGCAAAGAGCCGCGAGUGCAGUCCAGAGCCAGGAGACGGAUGCGAUACCCCACGGAAACGACAGUUGCUGCCCAGUCGUGCUGUGUACUCGACCGACGCUGCCGCUGACGGUCUGCUGGGGAUGCUGGCAAACCACGCAGACAAGCAGAUGCCAUUGCUGGAUCAGCGUGAGCUACUGCGGCAUCGGCAGCAAAUGCCAGGGAACCCGCGUCCUGUCAUGUCGCUCGAAGCCGCUGCUAAUGCGAUGCAUCCCGCGACAAUGGAGCAGCUCACAGUUGCUGUUGACAGCAGUAACCUUGACUGUAAAGAAGAAAAGGCUCCAUCGCUCGUGACCUUGCUCGGUCGAUCGAACAAAUGCUGCUCGUCCCAGGUGCCGGAACACGUAAAUUCUCCUUGUUCCAUGUGGGAAAAGAGUCGAUUCAAAGAGCGAAUGGACCCCACGGCGAGUCCAAGACGCACUGCCACAUUCACUGGUGGGAUCACCCAGAUACUGCCUACCACAUCCUUGAUGCGAAGACACAGCUUUCUCUUGCCGGACCCGACAGCGACUUUCCCGUCGCACAGCACUCACAAGCGUCGCGCAUCUCCUUCUUCUCCCGCGUGGGAACAGGCUGAGAUUUCUGCAACUGCGUAUAAGCGCCCUCGUCUCGUGCGUCGCGUCUCUUCACAAUGGCGCCAAGAGCUGUUGCCGCGGGAUCGUGCUCAAACGCGCGAACGAAUUAUGCGAAGUCUGCAUAGUCAUUGUCAAGGCGACUACGAGAAGCUCGUACUGCUGCUUUCAUCGAUGGAAGAAGAGAUGUUGCAUAUAAAGAUGACGUCGAGCAACUCGUACGUGCAGCAGGCGUUUGAGCUCAGCACUCUCGUCGAGCACGCUACGCUUGAGCGUUAG